AGAAGUUUUUGCGCGAGUAUCCGUUGUGUAAACUCACUGAGCGCGGAUUAUUCAAGCACGCGGAGCUCCGAAUCUUCUGUACUGUGAUUUUACUGCAGCUUUAGGACUUUACUUCACUCAUUCCCUGUUGGGCAGUACAGUGACUUUAAGAAAAAACGCAAAAAAGUGAAUCAUGACGCAGUUUAACAAGGGACCAGCCUACGGAUUAUCUGCGGAGGUUAAAAACAAGAUCGCACAGAAAUAUGACCUACAGAAGGAGGAGGAGCUUCGAUUCUGGAUCGAGGAGGUGACUGGAAUGCCGAUCGGAGACCACUUUCAGAAAGGGCUCAAGGAUGGCGUCAUACUGUGCGAAUUGAUAAACAAGCUUCAGCCUGGAUCGAUAAAGAAAAUAAACCAUUCACAGUUAAACUGGCAUAAGCUAGAGAACCUUGGGAAUUUCAUCAAAGCCAUUCUAGCCUACGGGCUGAAGCCCAAUGACAUCUAUGAAGCCAAUGACCUCUUCGAAAACGGGAACAUGACGCAAGUCCAGACCACACUUCUCGCUCUGGCCAGUAUGGCAAAGACCAAAGGCAUGGAAACGAACAUUGACAUUGGUGUGAAAUAUGCAGACAAGCAGCAGAGACAGUUUGAUGAAGAGAAGAUGAAGGCUGGCCAGUGUGUCAUCGGACUUCAGAUGGGAACCAACAAAUGCGCAAGCCAGGCUGGUAUGACCGCCUACGGGACCAGGAGACACCUUUACGACCCCAAGACACAGACAGAGAAACCCUAUGACCAGACCACCAUCAGUCUGCAAAUGGGCACCAACAAAGGAGCUAGCCAGGCUGGCAUGUCUGCCCCAGGAACCAGGAGGGACAUCUAUGACCAGAAGGCAGCUCUGCAACCAUUGGACAACUCCACCAUCUCAUUGCAAAUGGGAACCAAUAAGGUAGCCUCUCAGAAGGGCAUGAGCGUGUACGGCUUGGGACGGCAAGUUUACGACCCCAAGUAUUGCGCCACCCCUACAGAGCCCAUGAUUCAUGCCAACGGCAGCCAAGGCACGGGAACGAAUGGCUCAGAAAUCAGCGAUAGUGACUAUCAGGCAGAAUAUCAAGAGGAAGGGUACCAGGGCGAAUACCACGACGAGUACAGAGGGCACUACAACGACCAGGGCAUCGACUACUAGAGAACGCUGCUGCGCUGUUAGUCAAAGCAGUAUUAACAUGAUGUAUAUCAACAGAGCAAGUCUUUUGCUAUGCCUUUUGCUUCUCACAGUUACCCCUUCCCUCCCAGCGCAUGUGUUUGGGUAAACAAUCGUGAGUGGUGAUAUCUCAAAUCUGCCAUCUUAACAAUGGUGAAAUUGAUCUUUUAUAAUUUCUUUUAUAAAGUGUUUUUUAUGAAGUACGGAGAACUGUAAAGAUAAUUUUCUAGUUUUGCAGUACGAUUCUUUGUUUUACACCCUAGGCCUUGUGUUUUGAGUUUAUUUUGGCCUUGCAUCUCGGAGCGAAACGUUAUCGCUAGUUUUAAAGCUCAUCCGCCAUUGAAAUCCCGCUCUGCUCCAACUGCUAUGGACUGAAAGCCUUCCCGAAGACAUUCCUUCCUAAGUCAUUCCAUUUGAAGUCAUUCCGUUUAGAAUUCCAAAUGCCUGGUAUUAUUACAAGCUUACAAAUGUUAGCGUUUUAAAGAUUAGCUGACUGGACGACCAAAAAAAUUCCGCUAUUGCUUAGUUUUUUGUGCCAUAAUAUUGGAAAAUCUUUCCCAUUGUAUUUAUUGCCCUGCUUUUCAUUAUAGAUCCUCUGUCAUAUGGUUCUUUUAUGAAUA